UCGUUCUUUUUCCAUCAGCUUUCAACGAGAUUUCAAUCUCACACCAUCAACAACGCACGCUGCUCAUCAGACAAUGCCCAUUCUUGGUUGUGCCAUCCUCCCACACUCGCCCAUGAUACUCGAUCCCAAUAGGGAAGGGUGUCCAGACGGCAUAAGGGAAAUACACGAGGGUUGCAAGGCAGUCGGUCAAGUCGUCGCAAGUUGGGAACCAGAGCUUGUCGUCUUUUUAACGCCUCAUGGCAUUUCUGCUCCAAAGAGUCCUCGUCCAGGCAUUUACUUGACGCCCUCGGCAACCGGCACUGCGGAACAAGCAGGAAACUGGGCAGACUAUGAACUCGCCAUCCAAAUCGACUCGGAAAUCGCUACAGGGUUUCUCAACCACCUCGGUUCGUCCGGUGUCGCCUGUGUCAAAAUCACUGGAACAGAAGCCCCACUCGCUCCUUCUGAAAUCGUUCCCCUCUGGUUCCUCCGUGGCUUAUCCCUCUUGAAACGGGCUCCCCGCUUUAUGCUCUUGUCUCUUCCCACUCCCAUUGGCGGAACGAGCAUCAUUCGCUCGGAAUCCUCCAAAGAGCGCGUCCCCGAUAUGCUCAUGUAUGGUUCUCAUCUCCACAAGUACCUCUCGUGGCUCUCGCACCGCGUGGCGAUUGUCUUGUCGGGCGAUUUGGCUCAUACGCAUGCGACUGCAUGCAAGGUUCCAAUGUACUUGCCCAAUCCGGAAUGGAAAAUGCCCGUGUCUGAUGCUGCCGCCGUGUUUGACGCCAUUGUUGAAAAAUGGGCAAGCACACUCAACGGCGACUUUAUCACCCGCGACGCCGCAGCACUCGUCAAACAAGCCAUCUCAUGCGCCUUUGACGGCCUCGUCGUCCUCCAAGCCAUCAUGGAAAAAGAAGGCACAUCCAAAUUCUCUCGACACAUUUUUGCUCGGCAUCGCCCGACGUAUGUUGGUAUGAUUGCUGCCGUUUUCCAAGUGGACAAGCGAGUGCCCUGCCCGGAAUUCUCGUACACACCUCCCGUCCUCUCAGAGUAAAUAUUGAAUUGCACGAUUUGUCCAACGUUUUGGAAAUGGACUCACCGUCCAAACCUACACCAGACUUGUAUAUAGAUUUUGGGAUUUAUAUUUUUUUUUGAAUACAUGCUUUUUAUUUAGUUUAUUCGAGGA